CAGGUAACUUUCGAGGACUAUUAAUGGACUAAUAUUCUAUAAAUAUUCUUAUUGUAUAAUUAUUCAAGAAUUACAUUAUGUGUAUUUAUAUUCCACUUAUUAUAAGCUUUAUUUUGACCCAUAGAUUAUUACUAUACGAUUUAUUAUUCUUGAGUUAUAACCUGUCUAUUAAUUACUGUCUCCCACAUUCACAGUCACUUUUUGGCCUAUUUGUGUACAUAUGUUAUUUUCUAUUUUAUGGUACGUUGUGGUCUGCCUGAUUGAUAUAUAAACCGAGUAUGUCUGAAAUAAAUGAUUUGGUUGAUUCGGAAGCUGCUUUUGUGUUCUGGACUCAAGAGGACAGGUUAGAAGGACGUAGGACCCAAUAGGACGCUAGACUGCUCAGACCGGUUGAACGUCAUUGGCCUUGUCAUAGUGCGAAUAUUCGUAUAAGACGUAUUCUGAUUGGUGUAUAAGUCACGUGAUCGUAAGCCGGACAUCAAAUCAUAACAAAUUGGCGACGGGGAUUUUGGCACGAAAAAAAUAAUACAACAAUUGGUGACUCAGAUCUUGAAAAGAAAUAAUCUGUAAUAAUUGCCGGUGUUAUUUUUUUUUGGAAUUAUUAUUAUUAGCAGUAAAAAAAAAAUAAAUAUAUGGCGAUUUCUUUUGAACAGUUGCAGUUAUUAUUACAGCAGCAGCAGCAACAGCAACAAGAAUUUCAACAACAACAGCAGCAACAACAACAGCAAAUUCUAGCUUCUCAACAGAAACUGCUAGAAACACUUUUGGGGAAGCUAUCUAUUCAACAAGAUAAUCCAGAACAUAAAAGUAUCGAGUCAUAUCUUAAUUCAGUUUCGGAAUUUAUAUUUGAUGCAGACAAUGGUCACACUUUUGAAGCAUGGUUUGGCAGAAUCGAAGAUAUUUUCCGAGUGGAAUUUGCUGCUAUGGAUGACGCAAGGAAAGUCCGGCUGCUCUUACAGAAGCUUGGUCCCAACGAGCAUCAAAAGUAUAAAAACCAUAUCCUGCCUAAACACCCACGAGAAGUUAGUUUCGAAGAAACUGUUAACAUCCUAAAUAAAAUGUUUUGUGAACAGGCGUCCUUGUUCCGUAUCCGGUAUAAUUGUCUACAGCUGACUAAAGAGGCUGAUGAAGAUUACACUACGUACGCCGGAAGAGUAAAUUUGCAAGCAGAACGAUUUAAAUUAAAUGUAUUAACCAGUGAUCAAUUUAAAUGUUUAUUAUUCAUUUCUGGUCUAAACUCUCCUGUUGAUGCUGAUUUUCGCAUGAAAUUGUUAUCCCGUAUGGAACAUGAUGAUGAAAUGACGUUACAAACUAUCACCACUGAAUGUCAACGAUUAAUAAACUUAAAACAAGAUACAGCUAUGCUGGAAACUAAAAGUGCAGCGCCAUCAAAUUCUGUUCAUGCUGUCAAGACAAGUCAAAGACAAAAUAGCACCAAAAGUCAUAAAUAUCACUCGAAAACUCCUAAACCUGCAACUAAAUGUUGGUAUUGUGGUGCGUGGCAUUUCUCAAGAUUUUGUCGGUUUAAAAAUCAUAAAUGCACUAUAUGCAAUAAAGUUGGCCACAAAGAAACAGUCUGCCGAACCAAAGAAAGUUUGAGAUCGAAACAAACCAGGCGUCCUCACCAGUACCAAAAUAAGUAUAUAAACAGUAUAUAUUCCACACUGGCUCUAAGCGUAGCUGAUAAAAGAAGAUAUGUGGAAUUAAUGGUUAAUGGUGUUCUUGUUCGAUUGCAAUUGGACACAGCGUCCGAUAUCACACUGAUCUCGAAACGAACGUGGGAUUUAAUUGGGUGUCCGAAAGUAUUACCAACAGAGCACACUGCACGGAAUGCGUCCGGAGAUAUAUUAAAACUUGUUGGAAUGAUAAAAUGUUCUGUUAAAUUCAGAGGUAAUUACUUUACAGGAAAUUGUUACUUAACGAACAGACAUGAAUUAGACCUUAUUGGUAUAGACUGGAUAGAUAAAUUAAAUUUAUGGGAUGUACCAUUAAGUGAAAUAUGUUCGAUGGAAAGCGCAAAUAAUCCUAGCGAUCCACCCACAGUCCAUGUAACUAAGAAAGUGGUAACGAUAGAAGAUCUUUUGCAGAAGCAUAAAAACUUGUUCCAGAAUAAACUGGGAUGCUGCACAAUUGAGAAGGCAAAAUUAUACGUACGACAGGAUGCAAAACCUGUUUUCCGUCCAAAACGUCAAGUCCCAUAUGCUGCUAUUGACAAAGUCGACAAAGAAUUAGACCGACUAGAGAAGCUCGGUGUUAUACAACCUAUCAAUUAUUCGGCAUGGGCAGCACCAAUUGUAGUGGUUCAGAAAGCGAACGGAGCUAUUCGCCUCUGUGCAGAUUUUUCAACAGGACUAAAUAACGCUCUACAAAGUCAUUCAUACCCAUUACCUCUGCCAGAGGAUUUAUUUAUUAAACUGAACGGUGGACGUUAUUUUUCUAAACUUGAUUUGUCUGAAGCUUAUUUACAAGUAGAAGUUGACGAAGAUUCAAAGGAGUUAUUAACCAUUAAUACCCACCGCGGACUCUAUCGGUUUAACCGAUUACCGUUUGGUGUUAAGCCAGCCCCAGCAAUUUUCCAGCAAAUAAUGGAUACUAUGGUGUCUAACGUCGAAGGUGUAGCAGUUUAUUUGGAUGACAUUAUAGUUGUUGGCUCUUCUGUGCAGGAAUUAAUGGGUCGGUUAGAUGUGGUGCUCACAAAAAUAUCACAAGCCGGUUUUCAGUUACAAAAAGAAAAGUGUGAACUUCAGCUCGAGUCUGUCAAGUACCUUGGAUAUAUAUUUGAUAAAAAUGGUCGUCGACCAGAUCCAGAUAAUAUUAAUGCCAUCAAAAAUAUGCCCAGACCGACUGAGGUUACAACUCUUCGCUCAUUUUUGGGGAUGAUUGGUUAUUAUAGUAUGUUCGUACCCCAUAUGUAUAAAUUACGACAUCCAUUAAAUCAACUCUUGAUGGCUAAUGCAACAUGGAACUGGACAAAGGAAUGUCAAGAUUCUUUCGAUGAAAUAAAAAGGAUUUUAUCUUCUAAAUUGUUGCUGACUCAUUAUAAUCCUAAGCUUGAAAUAAUUGUAGCCGCCGAUGCUUCAAACUAUGGAAUUGGAGCUGUUAUCAGCCAUCAUUUUCCUGAUGGUAAAGAAAAGCCAAUUGCUCAUGUAUCCCGAACUCUUAACUCAGCUGAGCGAAAAUAUAGUCAGAUUGAGAAGGAAGGACUAGCUUUAGUUUUUGCAGUAAAGAAAUUCCAUAAAAUGAUUUAUGGUCGUCGAUUUACUCUCUUAACGGACCACAAGCCGCUUUUAUCUAUAUUUGGAUCGAAGUCAGGUAUUCCUGCAUAUACAGCGAAUCGAUUACAACGCUGGGCUAUUACGUUGCUUGCUUACGAUUUCCAAAUCCUAUAUAAAUCAACUGAAAAGUUUGGACAAGCUGAUGCUUUAUCCAGAUUAAUUGCGAAUCAGAAGCAAGAAAGCGAAGAUUCUAUUAUCGCGACGAUAUCGUUGGAAAAUGAUGUUCAUCAUAUACUACAAGUUGCCAUAAAAGCAACACCGUUAUCCUCUGAAGACAUUAAACACCAUACUCAAGAAGACGAUGAGCUGAGGCAGAUUAUUCGAUACCUCGAACAUGGUUGGCCUACCCAUAUAGACAACAAAAAUAUUGAACAGUAUUCUCACCGUCGAAAUUCUCUAUCACUUGUGGAUGGGUGCUUGAUGUUUGGAAAUCGAGUAAUUGUACCUUCAAACUUACGCCGUAAGGUGAUGUCAGAACUGCAUGCUGCACACCCAGGGAUAGCACGGAUGAAGGCACUUGCACGUGGGUAUGUAUAUUGGCCGAAUAUUGACGCUCAGAUCAAAGACUAUGUUGAGAGAUGUUCCGCGUGUGCAAAAGCUAUCAAAGCCCCUCGCAAGACAGAAAUGCAGAGUUGGGGGACACCAGAAAAUCCGUGGUCGAGAGUACAUGUGGAUUUCGCAGGUCCCAUUAACGGGAAACAGUACUUGGUGAUUGUUGAUGCCUUCUCAAAAUGGCCAGAGAUCCACUGCAUGAAGUCUCUUUCGACAAAAGCUACUAUCGAAAAACUGAGACAAGUAUUCAGUUGCUUUGGGUGUCCAGAUGUACUGGUGUCUGAUAAUGGACCACAAUUUACCUCUGCUGAAUUCUCGAAGUUCUGUGUCGCAAACACCGUCAGGCAUAUAAAGACACCCCCAUACCAUCCGCAGUCAAAUGGUCUAGUGGAGAGGUUCGUCGAUACGUUUAAAAGAGCACUGCUUAAAGCCGAAGGAGAAGGGGAAAUAGAAGAGAUUAUCCAAAGAUUUCUACAAACCUACAGAGCAACACCCAACCCAACAACAAAUAAUCAAGAAAGUCCAGCAGAAGCAAUUUUUGGGAGAAAGAUUAGAAUACCUAUAGAGCAAAUGAAACCAAAACCUACAGCCAAACUCCGCAAGAACAAACGAAUGGAACAGCAAUUCAACAAGCGACAUGGUGCAUUGCCCAGAAGCUUUAAGGUGGGACAAGCCGUAAUAGCAAGAGAUUUCGCGGGAGUAAAGCCAACCUGGAAGUUUGGCAUCAUAAUACGAAGAAAAGGGAAGGUUAUCUAUGAAGUAAAAGUUGGACGAAAGAUAUGGGUGCGACACGCAAACCAGAUGCAGCCAACCAGACAGGAGCGGGAGACAGGAAAUGAUAUAAAGUCGAGUAUACCAAUAAAUAUAUUAACUGAGUCGGAUAAUGAAAUUAAAAAUGACCCGAAAAAUAACAGGACACAUACAACACUCCCCAGGAGGUCGCAGCGUAUCAGGCGGAAACCUAAUCGAAUAAAAAUAAAUCCUAAGGAUCGUUAUUAUCUCUAAUGCUUCAAAAAAAAAAAGGGAGGUGUUAUAUACCAGUGAAGAUUAAACUACAGGUAACUUUCGAGGACUAUUAAUGGACUAAUAUUCUAUAAAUAUUCUUAUUGUAUAAUUAUUCAAGAAUUACAUUAUGUGUAUUUAUAUUCCACUUAUUAUAAGCUUUAUUUUGACCCAUAGAUUAUUACUAUACGAUUUAUUAUUCUUGAGUUAUAACCUGUCUAUUAAUUACUGUCUCCCACAUUCACAGUCACUUUUUGGCCUAUUUGUGUACAUAUGUUAUUUUCUAUUUUAUGGUACGUUGUGGUCUGCCUGAUUGAUAUAUAAACCGAGUAUGUCUGAAAUAAAUGAUUUGGUUGAUUCG